CAAGCAGCCAUCGACGCAACACAAGCUUCUCACCUCCCAGACUUAUCUCUCAAGCCAUUGCCACCGCUCUCCAACCACCACCGCUCCGGCCGAUUUGCUACUGUCGCUGCACCACUGUGUCUGCACCGCCGCCACACCUACGAAUUUGUCUGCCGCCGCCACACCUACAAAUUCGUCCGCCGCCGCCACAACUCGGACCCUUGUCUUCUUCUACUUCUUCGAUUUUCUUCUAUUUCAAACCGCCUUCGCCGCCUUCUCCUCGUAAAACUCGAUCAGAACAAAGAUCUAAAUCUCUGAGCUCCUGGAUUGCCGACUGCGGCCAGAUCCGCCGUCAUCUUCGAUGGAAGUUUAUCACAGGGUCACCGCGGUUGCUGGAUCCGUCGUCCUUGGUGCCGCCGGUGGCGGAUCUGCCGUCCUUGGUGCCGCCGGUGGCGGAUCUGCCGUCCUUGGUGCCGCCGGUGGCGGAUCUGCCGUCCUUGGUGCCUCCGGUGGCGGAUCUGCCGUCCUUGGUGCCGCCAGUGCCGGGUCUGUCAUCUCGGUAGCCGGCGGGAGUGGUCGCAGCGGGGGCGGAGGUGGUUCAUGGCAAGGUGGAGGUAAGGUCUUGGACAUCGAUUGUGCGUGGUGCGGUGAGGCUAGGGCGGGGUGUGGUGGACUGGGGCUUGGGUUGGGGUGCGGUGGCCGCUGGUUAGUUGGAGUGGUUGGUUUGAGGUGGGUCAAUGGAAGGGGUGGACAAUGACAGUUACUGGUCGGGAAAGGGGCGCAGUCACUUUGGUCGGGUCACUGUGAUCGGUGGGCAGUCAUUGUGGCGGUGACAGGCUGUCACGGUGACCGGUGGACAGUCACUGUUGCCAGUGGACAGUAAUUGUGGCGGUGGGCAGUCACUGUGACCGGUGACGGACGGUCACUGUGGCCGUAGUGACUCGUGUUGGCGGUCACUAUAGCCGGAGCAAGUCACUGGACGACAGUCACUAUGGCCGGAGCAAGUCACUGGACGGCGGUCACUAUGACGGGAGCAAGUCACUAGGCGGUGGUGCGGCAAGAAUAUUGGUGGUGCCGGUGGUAACAGUGGCAGUUGAGGAACUCUUUCCUAUUUUUAACCUUUUUAGUAUUAAAAUUCAUUUAUGGCCUUGUAGUUAUACAUGGUGUUAAAUGGAUUGGUGUUGAGCGGAUUAAUGGCCAUUUUCCUGGGUGUGCAACGGUUUGGUGUAUAACAGAAAAGUCAUAUUUUUGGAUUCUUGAAACUUAACUCACUUUAUUGUGAAUCCCUUAAAUAAUAGUAAUAUUCGAAUAAAAAG